CACAAUUAAUAAGAGGAUGUAUUUGUAUCGGACGUCUCGGUCACCGCCGCCGCCGUCAGCCGUCAUGUGUGCGGAUAAGCAUUACUUCGCCACAGCUUUCUGUAUCACUACUAGUCCUGUAUUUUCUGGCAAUUUUAUCACCCGUUCAACCAUUAGCUCAUCCAUUAAAACAUCAGAUUCACAGGCAUAUGAGCGCCGAUGAUCUCCGCAAUGUGUUUCAAGUAGAGUCACAUAAUGAUGGCUUUGGCUGUAAUGACCAAAUCUGUUGUCACUAUCCUCUGGCUCUUUAUGGCUGAACAUUACCGACAAUUGAUCCUAUUUAUGACCCCUCCCGGUGCGCACCGGACCCCCAAUUCAGCCAGAAAUCUGUUUAUUAUCGCCCUGCCUGAAUAUGAUGUGACAAAUGUGCGAAUCAUAAGCAAACGGUCAGUGGAUCAGCGCUCCGAUGCCAACCACGUGUCGCCCAAACGCAUUGAAUUGAGUUUAAAGAGUUUCGGCAAAAAUAUGAAACUAAAACUCCGUAAAAACAAUGAUUUCAACGAUCGGUCCAAAGAUAUGAAAGUGUUUAUGGCUGAGACCACCACUAAUGGAAAGUUGCGUUACAGCGAAGCGCCCACAACUGGCCCGUGUUUCCGAUCAUUAAAAACUGUGCCUAUGGUUGGGUCGGAAUGUAUAACCACUCAACUUAUCGAAAACCCAAAUAUUGGGACCACAUAUCACGACAAGUCAAAUAUGGCCGCGAUUUUAGUCGAUCGUAAUCCUGAUGGUACUAUUCAAUUGCACGGAACUAUUGGUAAUGAUUUAGUCAUACGACCAGUUCCUCAAACGGUUAGCUUAGAAAACGCUGAAUAUCUCAACUAUAAUGUCGACAAUGAAGACGACGAGAUGUUCUUAGACGAAGACGAGGCCAUCGAAGACAAGCGCCACAACAAUAAUCAUAAUUAUAAUAAUAAUAGUAAUAAAAAUAAUUCAAUAAUCGCUAAUACAAACAGCGAUGAGAGGACGGAUACAAAGGCCUCAUCGGAGCCGCUGCCCAACAGCACCAAUACUAUGGAAAUGGACACAAAGUUCAGCCAAUUGGGUGCCGGCCACGGGAACUGGACGUCAGGCGCCGCAUCUAACGGGUCGGCAUCGGCUCAGUCGCGGUCGAGUCGCCGCAAACGUCAGGCGCCGAACACCGUAUGGCCAGAGGUGUUGUUAGUCGUCGAUUACGACUCCUAUGUAUUACACGGCGCCACCAGUCGUGACGUUAAACGAUAUUUUAUCAGUUUCUGGAAUGGAGUCGAUUUGCGGUACAAACUGUUAGCUCACCCCCAGAUUCGGGUCAGUCUGGCCGGUAUGAUAGUGGCCAAGGACAGGGAUGCGACGCCUUAUUUGGAGCGAAAUAGAUUGCGAUCGCCUAAUGCCGACGCCGUGGACGCCGCCGGCGCUCUCACUGAUAUGGGAAAGUACUUAUACAGAGAGGACCGGUUGCCGACUUACGAUCUGGCGGUCGUCAUCACUAAACUGGAUAUGUGUCGGCGCAGGUAUGAGGGCGGCCGCUGUAAUCGGGGAACCGCCGGCUUUGCGUACGUCGGCGGCGCCUGUGUUGUCAAUAAACGGCUCGAAAAAGUCAAUUCCGUGGCGAUUAUCGAAGACAGCGGAGGGUUCAGCGGUAUUAUUGUGGCCGCUCACGAAGUCGGACACCUUCUCGGCUGUGUUCACGACGGUUCGCCACCGCCCAGCUAUUUGGGAGGUCCCGGUGCGACCCGUUGCCCCUGGGAAGACGGCUUUAUCAUGAGUGAUCUCAGACACACUGAGCGCGGCUUUCGCUGGUCUUCCUGUAGUGUCGAGCAGUUUAAACAUUUCCUAAACGGAGAGACGGCCACAUGUCUGUACAACUUUCCGCACGAGAACCAACUGUUGCCCCGAGUAUUGCCGGGAACUAUGCUAUCGCUGGACGAACAGUGCAAAAGAGACAGAGGGACUAACGCUUGUUUUAAAGACGCUCGCGUUUGCGCUCAACUCUUCUGCUUCGACAGCGCCUCCGGUUAUUGUGUUUCCUAUCGGCCGGCGGCUGAAGGCUCUCCCUGUGGCGACGGACAGAUCUGUCGCAAUGGCAAGUGUUUAGCAGAAGUGGAGAAUAUAAUUCCCGAUUACACACACGUAUCGCAAACGAUUAGUCGACUGCCGGCACCGGCGGGUACGGCCGUCGCCGCAUCCAAUCCCGAUCGGAUACUAUCGCGCGUCGAUCCGCCGCCCAAUAGACGCCCGGGCAGGCGAGCAUCCCGGGUGACCCCCGUUCGCAACCCAAUUAAUCAAUACUUAGUGCCGAGAGUGCCGUCGCCCACAAUGGAGUCGCCGCAAGUGGUUGUGCCGACAGCUGUUGCCGCCGCCGACAACCAAACGUCGACCACAAGUAGCCAAACACCGGAAGCGCCGGCAGUGGUGGCCGACUGUCAAAACAACGUCCAACGGAUGGCCGGUUCGCUGACGUGCACCCAAUUCUUGGAGAGGUUUGGCGACAAAUACUGCCAACACGACUACAUUAAGCGUAAUUGUUGUGCUUCCCAUUCACUGAUGUGCAAACCCGAAGAUUCUUGA